AUGGACAAGAUCAACAACGCCGCCAACUACGUCGCUGACACCGUCAAGGGUGCCACCUCUACCGGUUCCAAGGAGGCCAACAAGCAGGUCGCCAAGGACGGCAACGCUGACCUCAGCACCCGUCUGAGCGCUGGCAAGGACGCCAUCGGCGACAAGGUCGACGAGCAGAAGCACAACGCCUCUGCUGACGUCCACAAGGAGGCUGCCAAGCACUAA